CUGCCCCGCUCAGCCCUGGAGGUGCGGCUCCUCCCGCUGCCGGGCAGGCCGCGCCCUCCGCCCCCUCCACCCCUCCUAGCUCAGGUAUCAGGCGAAACUGGUCGGGCGUGCGGGAGAGGACGGCGGCUGGAGCGGAGGGAGGAUGGCAGUGCGCCGCGGGCUGUGCGUGCUGCUGCUGCUGCUCAGCGCCCUGAUAGCGGCUGCCGCUGCCACCGAGAGAAGUAGAACCAGCAGUUCAAAAGGAAGAAGUUUUGCUGGUCAGAAGGUUCCGAAUACUAAUAACGCCUCUGAGGAGUCAUACAAAGUGGAUGAUUUUGCAGCAAAAGUCCUUACAGGAAAACUGACUACAGUUUUUCUUCCCAUUGUCUAUAUCAUUGUCUUUAUCAUUGGUUUGCCAAGCAAUGCUCUGGCCAUCUGGGUCUUUUUUUUCAGAACAAAGAAGAAACAUCCUGCUGUGAUUUAUAUGGUUAACUUGGCAUUGGCAGACCUUCUUUUUGUUGUCUGGUUCCCACUGAAGAUUGCGUACCACAUAAAUGGCAAUAACUGGCUAUUUGGGGAAGGUCUCUGCAAAGUGCUUGUUGGAUUUUUUUACGGAAAUAUGUACUGCUCCAUUCUUUUUAUGACAUGUCUCAGUGUGCAGAGGUAUUGGGUUGUAGUGAAUCCCAUUGUGCACUCAAGAAGGAAGUCUGAAAUUGCCCUGGGCAUCUCCCUUGCUAUCUGGAUACUGAUUUUGUUGGGAACCAUUCCACUGUAUCUUGUUAAUCAGACAGUGUAUAUUUCAGACCUUAACAUCACUACCUGCCACGAUGUGUUGCCUGAAAAUAUUUUGGCUCAUGACAUGUUCAAGUACUUUCUCUCACUUGCAAUUGGACUCUUCCUAAUUCCAGCUCUCAUCACUGCUGUUGCUUACAUACUAAUGAUUAAGACUCUGAAUGCUUCAAUCUCAGAUAUAAGCACUGGGAAGAAACGAAAAAGAGCAAUCAAGAUCAUAAUUGCUGUCCUGUCCAUGUAUCUCAUAUGUUUUACACCAAGCAAUGUGCUACUUGUUGUGCACUAUCUGCUGCUCAAAAACUAUAACCAAAGCUCUCUGUACAUGUCAUACAUAACUGCGCUGUGUCUGUCCACUCUGAACAGUUGUAUUGAUCCAUUCAUUUACUAUUAUAUUUCAAAAGACUUCAGAGACAAUCUUAAAAAUGCUCUUCUUUGCCAAAGUGUGCGAACUACACGGAGGAUGCAGGUCUCUCUCUCGUCAGGCAGAUACCUCAAGAAAUCUAAUUCUUACUCUUCGAACUCAAAUGGAACCACUAAAUCAACCUAUUGACUUCAGUCCUAGAACAAAGACUGUGAUGAGAAAGUUAUUUUGUAUAAGAGUUUGAAGAAUUAACUUUGUGGUUUUUUUAUUCACAUUUGAAGCGUAGAUGUCAGAACUGACAGGUGAUCUUGUACAGAAUUAGCAAAUAGAUAAAUCUUCUAACUAGGCUGAAAAAGAAAAAAAAAUCAUGACAUUUCUGAUGCUUUGCCGGCCUCAAAGUGUGUUGAGGUUGAAGACAUUUUUGUUCAAUAUUGAAGUUCUCUAAAUGCAAAAUGUCACUGAAAUGUUUUAUAGAGCCACUAGUACAUUUAAUUAACAGAUAAAUCUGUUUUGUUUGGCUUUAACUGUAAUGAACAGUUAAAUUCGUUAUGUCCAGUGUUGCUCUGUGUACAUGCUUACACUGAAUACUGUUUAAACAGAAGGAAAAUCUAUUUCACUAUAUUGUUGUGCGUCCAGCAACAUGAGAGCUUAUUAUUUGCUGUAUAAUACAAUCUUACAUUGUUUUCCAAAAGUUUUAAAUAUUAACAUAGUAGAAGCCUGGUGAGAUUAUUGUGUUAAACUGGCAAGCUGAACCUGUUAUCAGCUAGCACUGGAUAAAUAAAAUGUUAGUUGAGAUAAUAAACUGUUACUUAGUGCUUGCCAAAACCUGAUCUUAAAUGGGUAUAUUUAACAAAAUUUUGAUUAGUAGCAUUGAUGUUUUUAUAUAACACCUUGUAUUUUUUAAGAUAUCUAAAUAAGACUUCUUUUUUUAUUAUUUUUGUGUGUAACAAAUUUGAAUUGCCUGCUUUCUUUAAUGCUUUUAUGUACUCUUCAAAUGGCUUAGCAGUUCAACUUGCCUGGUUUCAGAGAGAUUAUUCUGAAUAGUGAAUUAGGAACCUGACAGCUACAGCUGUAACAUAAGAAUUUGUCAAGUAGGAUUACCUGUUGAUGCAUUUCAUUGGAACAUACCUCCAUUUCCUUCAGAUAACUAAACCAGAUGGGUUUAGAACUCAGGGAAAACUAUGAGAGAUAAAACACGUUAAUAAAGAUACUGGACUUCAACAUUAUUGGAUUUCUAAAAUACCUUAAAUCCUUCUCCCCCAUCCAUAAUAUUUGUUACCACUGAGGAAUAUGAAAAUGAAUUUACUUAACAAUCUGAAAAGCUGCUGUUAUUACAGCUGGUGGUAGGAUUAAAACACAUUUUCUCACAUCUUCUGGCCCUUCUAAGUCUCACCAGGCUGUACAUUGCACUGAUGCCUAAGUGAACUAUCUGAGACUUAGAUGGAGCCAGAUCCCUACAAACAGAUAAGCAAACAGAGAAGCUGUCAGUCCGAACAACACUCUGGAACAACUGAUAAAUAGAUGGGAAAUAGCCAGCCUUUUGGGGAUCUUCAACUGUUGCAAGAAUUGAAACAGUUUUGUACAGUUUAAAGGCUGCAAGUAUUCCUGUAAUAAAUACUGUGUUAUGAACUC